GACACACCGACCGUUGGGGCAGUAGCCACGUGCCCCUGGCCUGUCCCUUCCAGCGGCAAAGCCUCAGGGCCUAACGCCCACAUUCCACACUCCUCCCUCGCGGUACAUGAACUUCCGGGCUGCGCGCGCCCUCGCCUCCUUGACGUCCCGCCCGCCCACUUGCGCGGCACGCACGCGUACGCCUUGGUUUCUGCCUCGCGUUGCCGUGGGGGCGGGGGCGGGCUGUGAUAAAGCUUGGGCGUUGUGUUGCUAAGCAACCCGAUCCGGACCGUGGCGACAGGAGCAGAACUACAAGAUAUUACAAAAUAUGCUGUCAAUUGCCCCUGUCAAUGGAGCAUCAUUAUUCUGUUUUGAAGACAAGUAGUUCAUCAGUGACUUCAGUUCACAGUUCUAAAAACAACUACAAGGUGCACAGGUCAUAUUUUAUGCUAAAAGAAGGCAGUUCCUCCAAACGAGAUACUUUAGCUGCUACUGCAGUUGCUUUACAAGAUCAUAUUUUACAUAACCUUCAGCUCCAGGAUCUUUCAUUAGCAGAUCCUUUUAAGUCAAAGUUGAGGAAUAAAAAGAACAUUUACAAACCUGUGAACAAAGAGAUGGUCACAGCAGUAGUAGAUACUGGACUAAGAAAAAAGAGCAUUCUCCACACAAAAAAGGAAGAUCCAGAAAAAGAAUAUGUCCUUGAUCCUAAUCCUCCACAACUAACGUUAGCUCAGAAACUGGGCUUAGUUGAGCCUCCUUCCUUGCCACUAACAGCAGAAGAAUGGGAUAAAGUAAAGCAAAGAUCUGUAAAACAGGGAGAUUCUGUGCAACCUUGUGCAAUAUGUAGGGAAGAAUUUGCACUUCAACCACAGGUGCUGCUUUCAUGUUCCCAUGUAUUUCACAAAGCAUGCCUGAAAGCUUUUGAAAAGUUUGCAGGUAAAAAGACCUGUCCUUUGUGUAGAAAGAAGCAAUAUCAGACCAGAGUAAUACAUGAUGGGGCGCGUCUGUUUAAAAUAAAGUGUAUUACGAGAAUCCAAGCUUGCUGGAGAGGGUAUAUUGUUAGAAAAUGGUAUAAAAAUUUGAGAAAAACAGUACCUCCGCAAGAUAGCAAAUUAAGAAAAAAAUUCUUUGAAGCAAAGUUUCAGGAGAUCAGCGAUCGGUUACUGAGUUCUUACGACACAAACAUAGAUGAGUUUUUUUCUGAAAUUGAUUCUUCUAUAGCUGCAAGUCGAAAUGUGCUUCAACAGUUGGAGGAAAAAUUUGCCCCGUUAAUAAGCGAAACAGAAUGGGAGAAAAUACAGAUGCAGGCAUUUCGGCAAGAGAUAUUUGACUGCCCUAUUUGCAUUAUGCCACUCCGUCAUAUCACUCAUCCUCCAAGUGUCUUUUCUGAGAACAGCAAUAAUCGGUAUUCACGCCAGACUGUUCUGCUCUCUUGUUCACAUAUGUUUCAUCAGACUUGUCUUCAAGCAUUUGAAGAGUUUUCCUUGGGAGAAAGACUUGUUUGUCCCUUAUGUCGCUCUUGUUAUCAAAAGAAAAUUCUUGAAUGUUGAUAUAAACAUGUAAACAGUCCAGAAUGAGCUGCAUAAUCGAAUUUCUAAUUGGUUUAAUGAUAGACAACCUCACAGGAGAUUAGAUCCUUGUCAGAUCCAGUGUGAGAAAAAACACUUCUCUAUGGAUGCUGAUGCUGAUAUUAUAGAAAUAAAAGUUAAAUGGGCAUUGUGC